AUGGCGAGCGGGAAACCCUCCCAAGAGCUGCUCGAUUCUCAGUUGCUUCAGAGCACCCCGCCGUAUACGUCAGCGCCAGCCAGAUACCACUCGUCGGCGCUGCCUCCGUUUCCUUACCGACUUGCGGGCAAUAAGAGAGGAUUCCGUCGAGUCGGCAACUUUACCGUAAAUCCCAAAGUCCCAAUUCCCCGAGCGGCUCCCACCGAAGCGCCGGGCAAACUCAGAGCUAGGCAAGCGUGUAGCCAAUGCCGAGAGCAGAAAGUCAAGUGCACCGGACGCCAGCCAUGCCAACGUUGUGAGGAAAAGGGAAUCGAUUGUAUCUACGGGCUUCGCAGUCGGGAUGUUUUAGAUCAGAAAAUAGCAGAAUUGUCCGCCGAAACCAAGCUUUACCGAGAUUUGAUCCAUGAAUUAUACCCUGGACUUGACAUUUCGUCAGCACAAAAAAUUCAACAUGUACUCCAUGACCUAAGACUCGAAGUGCAACCUAACGUGUAUUCAAAUUUGCGGUGUACCAGUCCAGUCAAUUCAUGUCUUAGGACUACAACGUACGACACUAAAAUCGGAAGCGUCGAUAUCUCAUUUACAAUCAAAGAUCACGCAGACGAAGAUUUCAAUAGCAGCCAACGCCUGCAAGCGAUGGGGUUUAUUGGUGAACACUCUCCAACAGCAUGGCUCUUUGAACUUAAGCGCCACCUUGCAAGGGACACCAGUCCCAAACCCGGGGACGAAGACUGCCCGCCGUCGAUCUCGGUGAUGAACUAUUUUCAGGACACGAUCAAGGUCGAGAUCCUCGAAGACGGUAGUCAAUGGACCCUUCCGCCUAGAAAAGAGGCAGACCAUCUUUUAAACUUUUAUUUCCGGACUAUUCAUCCCGAAUUUCCAGUUCUUGGAAAGAUAGCGUUCAGUUGGCAAUAUCAAUCCUACAUCUCGAGCCCCAACGCCAGGCCUGGCAGACGGUGGAUGGCCCUAUUGCAUCUUGUGUUUGCCAUUGCUGCGAAAGUCUCCCCACUAGCAAGUACCUAUUAUGGGGAGAGCACUAGACACCACGAUAUCUACUUUUCACGGGCCUGGCAAUUGGGCAUUGAUCACGUGGCCUUGAGGGACUCUCCGGAUCUACAACAAGUGCAAGUAGAAGGUCUUGCGGCAUUUUAUCUCGAACGUGUUUGUCAGCUAACUCUCGAAAUCAGGGCGUGGCGAAUGCUUGGCACGGCUUUUCAAUCCGCAGUGGCAAUGGGGCUUCAUCUCCGCAAUUCGGCAAGUGAAGUCCAAUUCUCGUCAAAGGAGAUUCGCUAUCGCGUGUGGUGGGCGCUCUUUGUGAUGGACUCCUCGUUGCAAGCGAUCACAGGUCGCCCGCCCAAGACCGACACGCAUUUCUGUACCACGCCCUUACCGAUGCCUUACCGUGAAGAAGACCUCGCGAACAAUGCUAUCAGGCACCUUCACACUGACGUUGACGCACACCAUACGACAGGUCUAAGGCCAUCAGGAUAUACUCAGAUGGCUAGUUCUGAAUCGCAUAAGGCGAUAUCAGAUGAAGGGAUUAUACAAGGAGUGAAAGAUAGUGUCGAUUCUGCGACUCCGGCGACUUCUGUGACUUCUGAGACUACUGCAACCCCUGAGCUCUCACUGUUCUUUGUUCACGCUGUGGACUUGGCGCACCUGGCACACAAGGCUAUCGAGGUCUUGUACUCUCCACAGCCGCCUCAGAGAUCCUUCCCGGACCUUGAGGUACUAAUCUCAGGUUUUAAUGAUUCAAUGGAUCAAUGGCUUCUGCACCUCCCACAAGAUUUCAAUUUUACUAUGAGCCACGAUUUGCGGUCUUGCUCGCCUCAGACUGUAAGUCUCGGAUUUCGAUUCUAUGGUGCAAGGAUCGUUGUCAAUAAACCAUGUUUGCAUUAUCUGGCCUAUAAUUUGACCAGGCCAGAUACUUUGCAAUCUUUCUAUCCAACUGCGGCAAAUCUCUGUGUGCAAGCUGCUUACGAAAUGCUGGACCUUUUGCCAUCCACGGUCGAUCUCUCUUGGCUCUGUCUUACAACCCCAUAUUGGCUGGUGCUCCAUCAUAUCAUGAUGUCUAUUACUGUCCUUUUGGUCGAGCUCUUCUUGCGCUCCAAAGCCCAAUCUCGCGGGGAGAGGAGCGUUCUUGCGCAGGUUCAAAAAGCUUUGCGCUGGCUCAAACUCAUGUCUAAUAGUGACGCCUCCGCAGAAAAAGCAUGGCUGAUCUGCAAUAAUAUCUUAGCGCAACAUGAGUCACAAAAGUCUCCUGUUAAUAAGAACGAGGAAGGCCGAUGA